UUGACAGCCAACAUAAAACGGACAUGCAGCUCAGCCAUUUAUGAUUCCAGUUAUCCAGCUAAUUAUCUUAGCUGUCAGGCGUCUGUUUAUACUUUCCCCAUAAACACCCCGCCUUUUUAUUUCCUACCCUCUAUCAACAGAAAUCAUAUGUAGCUAAUUGGCUAAUCCAAUGGCGUUUAACGGCCGUCAACAAGACGGUGAUGUCGAAGAAGACGAAACGCCCUCGAAGCUUCCGCGGUGCAACAAGGAGAUGCCCGCCGGUCGCUCCAGCAACGAACCCCAGAAUGAGGCAGCAGCUUCCGCGGGGAGAGCCGCGUCCGAGCGGCGGAGCUCCAACUCGACUGCGAGGCUUCGGAAAGACUCGGUGAAGAAGACGAGGCCGCCAUUUCCUUGGUUUGGAAUGGACAUUGGAGGUACCCUGGUGAAACUUGUCUACUUUGAGCCCAAAGACAUCACUGCAGAGGAGGAGCAGGAAGAGGUGGAGAACCUGAAGAGCAUCCGGCGCUACCUGACCUCCAACACCGCCUAUGGCACCACUGGUAUCAGGGACGUCCACCUGGAACUGCAGGACCUGACGCUCUGCGGACGGACAGGCAACCUGCACUUCAUUCGCUUCCCCACUCAUGACCUGCCUGCCUUCCUGCAGAUGGGCCGAAACAAGCACUUCUCCAGUCUGCAUACCACUCUGUGUGCUACAGGAGGGGGGGCGUUCAAAUUUGAGUCUGAUUUCCUUACGAUGGCGGACCUGGAGCUCCACAAGCUGGACGAGCUGGACUGUCUGGUUCGGGGUGUGCUGUACAUCGACUCGGUGAUGUCCAGCGGCCCCUUGGAGUGCUACUACUUUGAAAACCCCACCGACCCGGACCAGUGCGCUGAGAAGCCCUACGCACUUGAGAAUCCUUAUCCUCUGCUGCUGGUCAACAUCGGCUCAGGGGUCAGCAUCCUGGCUGUCUACUCAGAGAACAACUACAAGAGAGUCACCGGCACCAGCCUCGGUGGCGGGACCUUCCUGGGCCUGUGCUGCCUUCUCACCGGCUGCUCCACCUUCGAGGAAGCCCUAGAGAUGGCUUCUCAGGGGGAGAGCACGCGAGUGGACAAGCUGGUCCGGGACAUCUAUGGAGGAGACUACGAGAGGUUUGGACUGCCAGGCUGGGCUGUGGCCUCAAGUUUUGGCAACAUGAUGUCAAAAGAAAAAAGGGAGUCUGUGUCUAAGGAGGAUCUGGCCAGAGCGACGCUGGUCACCAUCACCAAUAACAUCGGCUCCAUUACCAGAAUGUGCGCUCUAAACGAGAACAUAGAGAGAGUUGUGUUUGUGGGGAACUUCCUGAGAGUGAACACCCUCUCUAUGAAGCUGCUGGCCUACGCCAUGGACUACUGGUCCAAAGGCCAGCUCAAGGCCCUCUUCCUUCGACAUGAGGGUUACUUUGGUGCUGUUGGAGCCCUCCUGGAGCUUCUGCAUCCAUCCUAAUCUGCGGACUGAGG